AUGUUCCAGCCAGCUAACCUGCUUGCCGUUUGUGUCCCUCUUUGCUCCUGUCGACGUUGUCAUUGCUCUGUUGUGAUCCCAGGCAGCGGGGCCACAGCUGUGGUGCAGGCGGCCCUCUGCACCCCUAGACAGGAGCGCGUGGCCAUAAAGAGAAUCAACCUGGAAAAAUGCCAGACCAGCAUGGACGAGCUGUUGAAAGAAAUUCAAGCCAUGAGUCAAUGCAACCACCCCAAUGUCGUCACCUACUACACCUCCUUCGUGGUGAAGGAUGAACUUUGGUUAGUGAUGAAGCUUCUGAGUGGAGGCUCUAUGCUGGAUAUAAUUAAGCACACAAGCAAAGAAGAGGACAAAAAUCGAGUUCUGGAUGAGCCUAUUAUUGCUACUAUAUUAAAUGAAGUGUUAGAGGGUCUGGACUACCUGCACAGAAAUGGACAGAUUCACAGGGAUGUGAAAGCUGGGAACAUACUACUGGGAGAAGAUGGAUCUGUUCAGAUUGCAGAUUUUGGAGUUAGUGCCUUCCUAGCUACAGGGGGGGAUAUGACCAGACACAAAGUACGAAAGACUUUUGUCGGCACACCAUGCUGGAUGGCACCGGAGGUGAUGGAACAGGUACGAGGUUAUGAUUUCAAAGCAGAUAUAUGGAGUUUUGGAAUUACAGCCAUAGAGUUAGCGACGGGCUCCGCGCCCUAUCACCGCUACCCUCCCAUGAAGGUUUUAAUGCUUACCCUACAGAACGACCCACCCACUCUAGAGACGGGUAUCGAGGACAAGGAAACGCUAAAAAGAUACGGCAAAUCGUUUAGGAAGUUAAUAACUAUGUGCCUUCAGAAGGAUCCUGCCAAAAGGCCGACAGCCGCAGAGCUUUUGAAGUGCAAAUUCUUCCAGAAGGCCAAGAACAAAGAAUUCCUGGUUGAAAAGCUUUUGUGUUGUGCACCAAAGAUCUCUCAGCGAGCUAAGAAGGACCCUGAACACAGACGGGGGAGCCUCGGUUCUGUGUCAGGUUUGGAUAAUAAUCCUGACACCAGCAGAAGGGUGAGGAGGGUCCCGGGCUCCAGCGGUCACCUGCACAAGACGGAGGAUGGAGACUGGGAGUGGAGCGACGAUGAGCUGGACGAGGGCAGCGAGGAGGGAAAGGCUGCAGUGAAUCAGGGCAGGUCACGAAGGGUCAGAGAUGAGGCCGAUGAUAAAGAGGCGGAUACCAACAAUGUUCCCAUUGAAGGGUUAUCUAUUCACCAUCCCCAGGUUGAACCGUAUGCAGAUACACCAGACAUUCAAGGUGCUGUGAACAUGGUACUGCGGCUAAGGAACUCGAGGAAGGAGCUGAACGACAUCCGCUUUGAAUUUACUCCUGGCCGAGACACAGCUGAUGGCGUUUCCCAGGAACUGUUCUCGGCUGGUCUGGUCCACGGUCAAGAUGUGGAUAUUGUUGCUGCCAACCUUCAGAAGAUUGUCAAUGACCCGACCACCUACAAAGUAUUGACCUUUAAGCUGGUGAGUCUCCGGAUAAGUGAUGGUUGACGACAGCCUCCCGGGUUUUUGUGCCCGACUUCAUCUCGCCGUAAACAGCUUGU